AUGGGAGGAGAAACCACAAACUCCCGAAAGCAGCACGUUCGGAAUGUACUUCAAGCCGAGGCCACAAUUAAAAAGAGGAGAACUGAUUAUCACAUAACCUUCACCGAUGAAAAUUUGGCAAACAUACAAUCUCCCCAUGAUGACGCCAUGGUGAUCAAGAUGGUCAUCGCUAACUGCACGGUAGGAAGGAUCUUGGUAAACAAUGGGAGUUCAGUGGACAUCCUGUACUAUGAUGCAUUUGAAAAGAUGCUCCUAAAACCCGAGAUGCUAAAAAGAGUGGAGUCGCCCCUAUACGGCUUCAAUGGGGCCCCGAUACAGGUGGAAGGAUCGAUCGAGUUGCUGGUUACCGUAGGGAUAGAACCCAAACUCUCUAUGGUGAUGAUGAACUUCCUGGUGGUAAAGGUGAAUUCCACGCACAAUGGAAUAUUGGGACGGCCAGGGCACAAUACACUGCAGGCGGUGGUUUCAACCCCACACCUAGUCAUAAAAUUCCCAACUGACCAUGGGGUGGGGGAGUGCCGAGGAAGCCAGGCGGCAGCCCGUCGCUGCUAUAAAGGAUACCUAAGAACCAAAGGGAAGGAGCCACAGAUGCAUCUGAUCCACCUGGAUGACAACCGAGAUAUUGGGGAGCAGGAAAGAAAUACGCCAGCCGAGGAGUUGAUCCCUGUGGAAAUAGUGCAGGGAGAUGCCACGUGCACCAUCCAGAUAGGCGCAGGCCUGAAUGGCGAAAGAAAAUCCGCCCUCAUAAACUUCUUGAGGAUAAAUGCUGACGUGUUUGCCUGGUGCACUGCUGACAUGCCCGGGAUAGACAGGAAGAUAGCUGAACACAGGCUCAGUGUAUACCCUACUACUAAGCCAAUGUUCCAGAAGAAAAGAACCUUUGCUCUCGAGCAACAAGAAAAGGUGAUCGAGGAAGUAACCAAGCUGCUUGACGCCGGUUUCAUCGAGGAGGCUAUCUAUCCAGAAUGGCUUUCUAAUGUGGUAAUGGUGCCUAAGCCAAAUGGCAAGUGGCGAAUGUGUAUUGACUUUACAGAUUUGAAUAAAGCCUGUCCUAAAGACUACUACCCCUUGCCUCGUAUUAAUUUGUUGAUAGACGCAACGGCAGGCCAUGAAAUGAUUUCUUUCAUGGAUGCCUACUCAGGGUAUAAUCAGAUCAGGAUGUAUGAACCUGAUAUUUUGAAAACCUCUUUUAUCGCGGGGAGGGAUACAUACUGUUAUAUUCGCAUGCCUUUCGGAUUAAAGAAUGCCGGAGCUUCCUACCAGCGCUUGAUAAAUUACCUUUUCAGGCACCAAAUAGGCCACAACGUGGAAGUUUAUGUAGAUGAUAUGCUGGUAAAAAGCUUGAAAUCACAAGAUCACAUUGCAGAUUUGAAUGAGGCAUUUCAAGUUUUAAGAGAAAGCAAGAUGAGAUUGAACCCGGCCAAGUGCGCCUUCGGGGUUAUUUCAGGAAAGUUUCUCGGUUUCAUGGUCUCAAGAAGAGGGAUAGAGGCAAACCCAUCAAAGAUCAAGGCUAUACUAGAGAUGCAUAGGCCUAGACGGGUUAAAGAAUUACAAGAACUCAUGGGAAGAAUAGCCGCUCUCGGAAGAUUUAUCUCGACUUUGGGAGACCGAUGCUUGCCUUUCUUCAAGGCUCUCAAGAACCGAGCAAAGGAACGGAAAACCAAAGGGCCCAAGCUCACCUUUGAAUGGACCGAAGAAUGUCAGACGGCCUUCACCGAGUUAAAAAGAUAUAUGGCACAGCUACCUCUCUUGACAAAGCCAGAACCAGGAGACACCUUGCAGCUAUACUCUGCCAUCACUAUUGUUGCAAUCAGCGCUAUAUUAGUCCGAGGAGAUGGACGGAUUCAAAAGCCAAUAUAUUAUGUCAGUAAGGUACUCCUAGACGCCGAGACCAGGUAUAGCAGUGUAGAGAAAUACUCCUAUGCGUUGAUUAUGGUAGCACGAAAGUUAAGGCCCUAUUUUCAAGCCUACACCAUUGAAGUAAUCACCAACCAACCUUUGAAGAAGAUACCAACCAAACCCGACCACUUAGGAAGACUAGUAGCGUGGUGCGUGGAGUUGGGGGAAUUCGACAUCCAUUACAAGCCCCGAACUGCCAUAAAAGCUCAGACCUUAGUGGAUUUUGUGGUAGAAUGUACACUUCCUGAAGAAGAAAUCCCUUCCACCGCGGACCCUAAAGAGAUAAUAGAAGAAUGGACACUGUACGUGGAUGGUUCAUCUAGCGCCCAAGGGUGUGGGGCAAGUCUGAUAUUAACAAGCCCUAGAGGGUUCCUUGUGCAGUACGCGCUGAGGUUUGAAUUCCAGAUAACCAAUAACGGGGCUGAAUAUGAGGCCCUGAUUGCAGGGUUGAAACUGGCACAAAGUCUGAUGGUAAAACAUAUUACCGUCCACAGUGAUUCACAACUGAUAGUUAAUCAGGUUAAAGGGGAGUAUGAGGCCAAAGAAUCUCGGAUGGCCCAAUACCUGAGAAGAGUACAGGACCUGAUCACAAGUUUCAACCAUUUUGAGAUACUUCAGGUACCUCAGACGCAGAAUGCCUCCGCAGAUGCCUUCUCUAAGUUGGCAACUUCAAAUUUUCAAGACCUGAGUAGAACAGUGUACCUCGAUGUGCUCAGUACUCCGAGCAUAGAACAAUCCGAGGAAGUAUUGCCAAUCGAAGUGGAACCUUGCUGGAUGGACCUUUUAGUCAACUACCUCCAAGAGGGCAUACUGCCCACCGAUAAAGAAGAAGCAAAGAAGGUCAGAAUCAGGGAUGCCCGAUAUACAAUGAUAGGGGGAACACUAUAUAAAAAGGCAUUUGCAAUGCCUUAUCUGAAAUGUCUCCGACCAUCUGAAGUAGAGUAUGUACUCCGGGAGAUACACACAGGCAUUUGUGGACAACACUUGCGGGGCAUAGCAUUGGCCCAUAAAGUCAUUAGACAUGGAUACUUUUGGCCAUAUCUCUGCAAAGAAGCACCGAGUUUUGUCCGCAAAUGCCUAAAAUGUCAGAAGUUUGCACCCAUCACUCGUCAACCUGCAACCGAACUCACUUCAAUCUCCAGUCCGUUGCCCUUUGUCCAAUAG